CAAAUGUGGCGCGCUUUAUACUGUCACCGGAUUGUAGGUGCCUGCUAUUUCAACGUUAAUUUUGUUGUGUAUCUGGGAAUUACUUCGCCGGAUUCGUGUUGUUUAUACGUAUUAAGUAUACGUGUUACAAUUUAACUCACCGACUAUAAGAAGUACAUUCCUGGUUUCGGCGUAGUAAGUUGAGAACAGCAGAGACAACAGAACCAAGGCUAGCUUCGCUCCACCGGUAACCAUCUUGCACGUCAUGCCUAGCAAGAAGAUUUUGUGUCUUUUCGAUGUGGACGGAACAUUGACAAAGCCGCGGAACAAGAUCGAACCGCACUUCGAGGAAUUCAUAUACAAGAAGAUCAAGCCCUGCUGCCUGAUUGGUAUUGUGGGCGGGUCCGAUAUGAAGAAGAUAGCCGAGCAGAUGAACGGCUACGAAGUAAUCAAGAAAUUCGACUACGUAUUUGCCGAGAACGGGUUGGUAUAUUUUAAGAAUGGCGUUGAGGUUGCCAGGGUCAGCAUACAGAAACAUAUGGGAGAGCAGAAGUUGCAGAAGUUCAUCAAUUACUGCCUGGGUUACCUCGCAAAAGUAUAUCUGCCUGUGAAGAGGGGCACAUUCAUUGAGUUCCGCAAUGGAAUGCUCAAUAUUAGUCCGAUCGGCAGGUCGUGCUCGCAGAGCGAGAGGGACGACUUUGAGAGAUACGACAAGGUCAACCACGUGCGCAAAGAUAUGAUCGAAGCGCUGAGGAAGGAAUUUCCUGACAUUGGUUUGACGUACAGCAUCGGCGGUCAGAUCAGCUUUGAUGUCUUUCCCGAUGGCUGGGACAAGACGUACUGCUUGCAGCACCUCGAGGGUGAAGGUUUCGAAGAGAUUCACUUCUUCGGGGAUAAGACUGACAUCGGCGGUAACGAUCAUGAGAUCUUCCACGACAGCAGGACCAUCGGUCAUAAGGUCGUCGAUCCCGAUGACACCAAGAUGCAACUAAUAGAUCUAUUGGCCAUUUGAAUCCCGCUAAAUUUAAUUAUUGUUAAUUUUAUUAUUAUCAUCUCGCAAAUUUAUUUAUUGUUAUUGCUGACCGGUUUUAUUGAAUUGUAAAUAAAUGUUAUUAUUUUAUGUACCGGAACUGGUGGUCACCAAACGAGGAUUUAACAACUUUAAGUUAAUGUUUGCCUUUGAUUUACGAUUUGAUCAAAUGACGAUGAACUAAACGCAAUGAAACUGGUUUCACGAAUCUGGAAUGUUUUAGGAAUUGACCGAUGGCGGUUUGGCAAACCGUCACAAAUGUCAUUUCUAUUGGGGAACAACGUUGUAGGAAUAACGGAAGACGAGAAUCGGAACAUACUCAACAGAAUUGCAUUUAUUUCAAUACCAAGCAUUUGUUAAUAACACAGAAAACUAUCAGAAAGUCUAUCUACCAAAUAAUACACAGCACAACACUAAAAUAAUAUCAUCUUUAUAGGUGUUUAAAUCUUUAAACUAUCGCUCCGCAUUCCUGAUACAUAAAAGUAUUUAAUAAUAAAUAUAUUAUCUGUAAAUUAGAUUAGUGCCAAAUACAAAAUUUAUAUUUAUGAUAUUGUAAUAUUACACUUAAUUCUGUAAUGGCAUGGAUCAGGAUUGUUUUUUGUAAAUUGAUUUGAGCCGAACACGGCGAUUGGUACAAAAGUGAAAGUAAUAUAGUUUGUACAUUGAAUGAACCAUGCCAUAUGGUUUUAUUAACAUAUAUUCUAAACGUAUUUGAUGAUAAAUGAAAUUUAUAUAAAUUAUAUAUGACUGUUACUACUAUAUAAAUGCGAAUAAUAUGGCUUUGCUAGUAGAAUUAGAAAAAGUAAACAUACAUGUUGAAAUCACUUAAAUAUAAAAAAAAAUCCUUAAUUUUCAAUAUUCAAGACCAUCUUGUAAAAUGUUAAAUUUACAGAAUCGAAUCUUUCCCCCAUAUGUAGAGUUGAUGUAUUUCAAGCUUUUAAUAAAAUCUGAUUCAAAAUAAUUCAUGUUUAUAUAGUCUAGUCGUCCGUUUUAGAAUGUUAAAAUAAGUAGGAAAGUUCAAAUGUGUUAGAUAAUUGAAAUAAAUAGUUGAAAUGAA